CUCUUCUAUUUCGCUUCCGCUGCCUAAUAUUUUUUUUUGGGGAGACUAAAGAUGCUUCUAUUCUGCCUAGGAACCGAUCGAAAGAAAUGGUCCAGCUCCCUUUACAUUGAAGAAACAUCUCUUUUUCCAGGGAGUGAGUCAUUAGUUAAAAUACCACAAUUUAAUGGUCCCAAAAAUCUCAAAAAUGACGAAUUAUUUUUAGGAAUAUCUUCUCUUUGCUGGUGGGUCAAUGAAUUUGCCUCCUUCUCCAGUGUGGAUACCUAACCUCCACGCAACAACAUAUUUAAGAUUAGACAGGCUUCAAUUUUUUGUGGACGCCUCAUUUUUCACCACAGGGUUCUUCCAAAUACCACCGUCUUAUCAGUGUUGUAUAAUAAUUUUACAAAGAACCCACUAUUUCUCGUGCUUGAUUUGAUUCCCAUUUUCACUUUCAUUCAUUUCUAGGAUUUCCAGUGCCUUAGCAGGUAAGAUCCCCCUCUAAACCUGUCUAUGUGGAGUUUUCUCGUUGGUUGGGUAGUACAGAAAGACCAUCUAUAUGAUUUCUAUUCAACUUUUUUCCCUUGUCCUUUGUCACCACUGUUCUUCCUUUGGAAAGAGAAAAAAAAGACUCCAGGUCAUGAAAAUGGAGAUUAAUUUGUUGGCAGAAUCUCAUUGUUGAGCAUUAUUGAUGUAGGAUAGGUAGGCUAGCUACAUUCAACUGCAAACACCAAGGAUGGCAUCCGACUUGCCCAAUGUACCUUCCAUGCGCGAUCCUGAUUUCAUGGAGCUGGUAUGGGAAAAUGGUCAAGUUCUCAUUCGAGGUUUAUCGUCCAAGGUAACUCAAAAGAGUUCCCCGUUCUCAUCGCGUUCUACUGCGAAUGGAUCAAAGGAUGGGGGGGUUGCAGAUUCCACCUUCGCCCAUCCCAUAUCAGGUCUCUCCAGUCUCUCAAAACUGGAUCGUCAAGGCGUGGAUGCUAAUAUUGUUCCAGUAAACAACUUCAAUCGGUUAAAAUCAAGCUACGUGCCCAAGCAACUUGUAGAAGACGAGGUACCUUGCUCUUCCUUGCAGCAGUUUAAGGGAUCAAAGGAGGAAAAAGAUAGGGUGAACUUUUCCAUCUUAAGAUCAAACCAUGCAAGCUCUGGUGCAAUGAGCACUCCAGGAUUAGCUGCAGGUGCUGAGGAUUUACAAGGCAAUAAAGUCAGAUCUGCGCCUCCAAUGAGUAGCAACAUUCCCUUUGGAAAUGAAGGUGAUUUCAUGGCGAAGCGAAUGAGGCCAACGUUACCAGAUUCUGAGCCUCUAAAAGAAUCAUUCCCUGAUGAGCAAUCCGAAGCUGUUCCAAAUACGAGAUUAGCGCCGGAUGAUACAGCUUUUAAGGGAAAUCCAGACCAAAUGGUGGCAUCGUCUUCAUUAUGUUCCCGUGGGGCUUCAAAUUGUCCCACGUACACUUUUAAAAGGAGAUAUGAAGACACUGAUCUCAGUAAAAAUACAACAAUGGAAGAAGCCGAGGGAACGACAAAAGCAGCGCCAGUUCCACGGGGAAGCAAAGGUGCUAAGAGAAAGAGAAAAACAGAAGUUCACAACCUAUCUGAACGGAGGCGAAGAGAUAAAAUCAACAAGAAGAUGCGUGCAUUGAAAGAGCUUAUACCCAACUGUAAUAAGGUGGAUAAAGCUUCGAUGCUUGAUGAAGCAAUCGAGUAUUUAAAGACCCUUCAGCUUCAAGUUCAGAUGAUGUCAAUAGGAAAUGGGGUAUAUAUGCCACCGAUGAUGUUCCCUUUGCCAUCGGCAAUGCAACAUAUAAACGCACAGCAUUUGGGUGGGUAUUCUCCCAUGGCACUUGGGAUGGGUAUGAGAAUGCAAAUGGGUCUUGGGUGCGGCGCCCCACCACAGUUCCCAACUUCACUAAUGACAGGAGCCCCAGCUGUGCCUGGGAAUCCGGAAGCUAGAUUCAACAUGCUUGGGUUUCCUGAUCAGAUGUUACUAAGGUCCAUGUCACAUUCACCUUUUUUAUCUUCGGCUGCCAGUUUCACCCCACAGUCGGUCCAGCCACCUGCGGCUGUGGUUUCGCAAUCUGCUGCUCCUCCUGCGGCGCAAGUGGACCUUCUAGGUGGUGCUAAUCCACUUUCGACAUCUAAGGAUUCAUAUCCAACACAUUAACUCAAUGAAUACUCAACGCCAAUUCCAUUUCUCAUGACUUCCAAAAGCACUCCUCGCUGGCCUCCUGUCAUCAGUGGACCAUAUGGUAGACCCUCAAGCGUCUUUAAGUGUUGGCUUGUUUCUGCACCAUUCGUUUCACACCCAAGAUUUGAAAAUGGAGUGUUACAGUUAAGGAAUGUGAUCAUCCAUGGAAGGCCCCUUUUAUCAUCAGAAAUGUGAUUUACCAAGCUGUGAAAGAUUAUAUGUUAGAAGAGCUAAACGGCUCAAAAUCCAGUGUGAUUCAAAGAAUGAGUAGCCACUUUUCUAAAUCAAGGCACUGAAGACUGUCAGAACAUGUAGUUACCCAAGAAAAAUUCACCCUGCUAGCAUCAAAAUUUGUCAAAUCAUUAACGUCAUACUGAAGAUCAUCAGAUGGGAAACUUGGAUCAGGCAUAUAUCCUUCAUUCCUCAUCCCCAACAAUAGCUUUUGCAAAAUGUCUUGAAUCUUACCUAAUUCGGACUGCGUAGCAUGGAACAUAUACAUUCUAGAACCUACCUCAAUCCAGCUACUUCCAGGUCUCUUUGGCAGACGCUUCUCUUUUAUCAUUGUUCUGACCUUCAGGGCAUCUUUCCAUCUUCCUGUGGAAGAAUAUAUAUUGGAUAACAGAGCAUAAUGGCCUGAAUCUUUCUGAUUUUUCUCUAGAAUAUGCUUCUCUAAACACUCAGCCAGGUCAACCCUAUUAUGAACUCUGCAGGCACCAAGCAAGCUUCCCAAAAUGUUCAUGUCAGGUUCCACUGGCAUUUUUUUUAUAAGAUCAUAUGCAUCAUCAAGGUGCCCUGCUCUACCAAGAAGGUCCACAAUGCACGAGUAAUGUUCCAUGUCUAGUGGAAUAUUGUAAUCAUACACCAUAGCAUGACACAUUGACCAGCCUCUAUCAACAAGACCACAAUGACUGCAAGCUGUCAAGAGCGCGAUAAAUGUGACUUUAUUGGGUUUAAUUCUUGCCUCCUUCAUUUCCUCAAAGAACUGAAAAACAUGUUCUCCAAGUCCAUAAAUCCCAUGAGCAGAGAUUAUUGUGUUGUA